AUGUACAUCGUCCAAAAUUUCCAGAAAGUCGCCGAGAGUGAGGGUUUCAACCAGCUUCGUUUCGAUCGAUUAAUCAAACUAAUUUCAAGUGAAGAGCUAAAUGUGCAAUCAGAGGAACAGCUAUUGGAGCAUGUGCGACUUGCUUCUUGUCAUCCAAAAUUCCUUGUUGAAACAGUGAGUCAGGACCCUUUGGUUAUGACUGACGCCACAUGCCGACAUCUUCUCGACAAAACAAAAAAUUCUCAACUUCUGCGACUAUCUACUUACGGACCACUGGAACUGCAAGGAAGGAAAUCUCGCAAAUCAUUCGAAACAGGCGAAGUAUUAUAC